GCCCAAGUUCUUUAACUUGUCUGUUCUUCUUACACCAUAUCUCGGUCUGAGUGAGGUGCAUUUCACGUACUCUACAGCUGUAUUGGAUGAGCAGCUGCUUACUGCAUGGCACAGCUGAUGCUAAUAUUGAGGUGGAGACACUCUGUGGCUGGUACUGUUCUGAUCUAACAUCCUAUACAUUCUCUACAUUUUAUGAUAAGGAAUGAGGGCAUCUAGAUAGAAGCAGCUUGUCCAGGCAACUAGGCAGCGGAGCUCUGUGAAUGCAGAGGCUAACAAUAUUGUAUACAAAGAUUCUUGAUAUUAUGAAGCAGUUCCCUAAACAUGUAGCCUACAGAAAAUACACAGAACAGAUCACCAUUGAGAAGCUGGAUAUGGUCAAAGCGGAACCAGAUGUUAAAAAAUUAGAAAACUUGCUUCAGGGUGGUGAAGUAGAAGAGGUGAUUCUUCAGGCUGAAAAUGAGCUGAGUCUGGCAAGGAAGAUGCUGCAGUGGAAGCCAUGGGAGCCGCUGUUGGAAGAGCCUCCUGCCAACCAGUGGAAGUGGCCAAUAUGAUCACUGUGUCUGAUGGUUGAUGCAAAUUAAAUGUGCAAUUAAAUGCUCUGUUAUACUAAA